UCGCAACACGCCAACGUAGUGCAUGCGGUAGAACGUAGUCGGUACUCGCACGUGGUUGUGGUUUUUGUAAUGAUAUAACAGAAUCGUAAUUUAUUUACUUUUAUUUAAGAAAAAAAAGUAUAUAUUAGUGAUAAAUCAAUUGUGAUUUUUCUUUAAAUAUACCUGAAAAAAUGAAAGAGGAACCUAUGGAGGAUGUUAUGAAUGAAAGCAGCGAGAGCAGUGAUGACGAUGAAUCUAUGGAAAGCGAGAAUGCAAAUGACAGUCAAGAAAAGAUUACGCCGAAAGUAUAUCUUCCAGGACAGGCUCUCAAAGAAGGAGAAGAACUUGUCGUAGAUAAAUCGGCAUACAGAUUACUACAUCAUGCACAAUCUGGUGCGCCGUGUCUCAGUUUUGAUGUAAUACCAGAUGAUCUAGGCACUUCAAGGGAGAGUUAUCCCUUAAGCGUGUACCUUGUUGCUGGAACACAAGCUGCCAAGGCGCAUGUCAAUAAUCUUCUUAUCAUGAAAAUGUCCAAUUUGCAUAGUAAUAAGCAGUGCUCUGAAGAUUCAGCAAGUGAAUCGAGUGAUUCAGAAGAUGAAGAUGACGAGAAUAAGCCAAUUAUGAAUGUUGCACCCAUAAAACAUCAAGGAUGUGUUAAUAGAGUUAGAUGUACAAAAUUUGGCGGAACAACUCUAGCUGCUAGUUGGAGCGAAUUGGGACGUGUAAAUAUUUGGAAUUUACAAGAACAAUUAAACGCAAUUGAAAAUACCGACUUGUUGACUGCAUACCGUAAUAAAUGUGACAAAGGAGAUGAAGUCAUUAAACCAUUAUACACAUUCAAAGGCCAUUCAUCCGAAGGAUUUGGCCUUGAUUGGUGCCGCACAGACCUAGGUACUUUAGCAUCCGGCGAUUGUAAGGGUAAUAUUCACAUAUGGCGAGUCGACAGUAGCAGCGCAUCUUGGCAUGUAGACCAACGAUCAUACAAUUCACAUGCUCCUCACAGUGUGGAAGAUCUACAAUGGUCGCCAAAUGAAAAGAAUGUACUUGCAUCGUGUUCAGUAGACAAAAGUAUAAAGAUUUGGGACACGAGAGCGAGUCCACAGAAUGCGUGCAUGUUGACGGCAUUUGACGCUCAUACAGCUGACAUCAAUGUCAUCUCUUGGAAUCCAAAAGAAAGUCAAUUUCUUGUAUCAGGCGGAGACGACGGAUUACUCUGUAUAUGGGAUUUACGACAAUUCGGACUUAAUGGCGCAAGUCCAAUCGCUACUUUUAAGCAGCACACUGCACCAGUCACCACUGUGGAAUGGCAUCCCACAGAAGCCACUGUGUUCGCUUCUGGCGGAGCAGACGAUCAGAUCGCUCAAUGGGAUCUGUCGGUAGAAGUGGAUCAUACAGAAGAAUCUCAAGACAGCGAAUUAGCUAAAUUACCACCACAGCUAUUGUUCAUACAUCAGGGUCAGUCAGAUAUUAAAGAAUUACACUGGCAUCCACAAUGCCCAGGAAUUAUGAUAUCAACCGCGCAUUCUGGUUUCAAUAUAUUCCGUACAAUUAGUGUGUAAUAGAAUAUAUAGAAUAGAAAUAUAUAUAUUUAUAUGAAAAUGAGAAAUUGU